AUGCAGGUGCACACGUGCGGUGCGACGGCAGCCGAUUCUUCGGCUUUUGCUGCUGCUCCUUCUGGUGACGAUGUAUUGGCUAAGGAGUGGCAGCAAGAGGAAGAUCAGACACUUCAGAACAGCAGUAGCGCCGCUGCGCGGUGCGCAGUGCUUACCGUUCUUCAUCUGCUCCGUCUGUGGGCUCUCAGGCAGACUGCAGCAAAGCCGUUUGCCGCUGUUGCAGUGGCUGCUGCUCGUGUGGCAGCGUCUUCGUGCUUACUGCUGCCCGAAACGCUCACCGGAAAGCUGCAAACUGUGCUGCAUGGCUUGUCAGUGCUGUAUACCGAGCGCUUCGCAGCAGUUGCAGCGCCUCCCGCAGUGGUGGAAGGUGCAGCGCAGCAGCAAGACCACGUGGAUCCCCACGCGGCUCAACUUGUUCUCUGGCAGCGUCGAGUUGGCUCCGUUCUACUGCUGCCGCUGCUGCUGCAGCACAAGGUUCUCCCUGAGCUGCCACAGCAAGAGCUGGAUGUACUGAGAUACCACAGCACGUCUUUCCGCUCAUGUAGUCACCUGCUACUCGAUAGGACGCCUAUCACCCAGCAGCAGCAAGAACGGACUCCCACUAAGCGUCAUCAGCAGCCGCAGCUGCAGCAGCAACAGCAACAACAACAGGAGCAGCCUGCGGUCCCCCGCUUCUUCGGCAGUUCUAUCCUCCUCAGUUUCAACUACAUUGCUGGAACCAACAGCAACCUACGAUUGCGUUUAGCGGCUCUCUCAGGUUUGCGGCAGCUCCUUCGACCCCUGCUGCAGCUGUUAGCUGCAAUCAGAAGGGAACGUGCUGCAUUGCAGCAGAAGCGACACCUUCAGAAACAUGACGCCAGCCCUCUGGUGACUCCAAAAGAACUCGAAAAGGCCUUGGCUACUGUGGCUGACGUUCUCGAAGCCUUGCUUCUGCAGUGGGCUGCCAUGCUUAUCCAGUCGCUCACACUGUGUGCUACACUGGAGCAGCCGCAGUGCCUGUGCAGCUGCCUAAGCAACCUGAGCAGCAAGGGGGAUGUACAACACGCACUGACCUCAAUGAGGCCUCUGUGCGAUGCCUUGUUGCUGCAACUCGCUGCUGCCGUCGGUGUGGAACCCCUACAAGAGCCGUUGAUGCAGCGGCUGCAAGCGCUGCUGCACGACAGUGGACAGCUUCUGCAGUACGUGGCUCAGCCUGAAGCAGCAGCAGCAGCUAUACAAGCAAGGGCGUCGGCGCAGAUGCUGGAGGCAGAUGCCAUUCUGUGGCUCCUGCUACAGCUCGUUGCUCAUCACGAUGCCCGCCCCCAUGUUAUUCCCCCCGUGCUGGAGCAGGCAGCAUCGCAGUUGUUGCUACAGCCGAGUUGUUGUCAGGUGCAUCAACAGCAACGGGAAGAGCAGCAACGCCGUCCACAACAGCAAAUUUGUGCUGAAUGCGGAGUGACUCCCUUUGCUGCCUCUUCUUGGGGUACACGCGCCUCCUUUGCUGGCGCUUUAGUGGCAUUUCUCGCAGCUGCGAGGCAACCUGCUGCCGCAGCAGGAGCCAGCCCAGCAGAAGCGGAUCGUCCCUUUCGCUAUCUGCAGCUCGUGGCAGGAUGGACAGCUGCCUUAGGGAAGCCACCCUUGGGCUUGGUGCUUUUCCGGCGAAUGUCUUUCGCCGUGCUGCAGCUUUUGCUGUCUGUCGAGAUGCAUCUGCAACAUCACGCAGCAGCCGUAGACAGGAUCUGCGCGGAUGCAGCAGCAAUGGCGAGAGCAGCGACAGCAGCAGCAACAGUCUUGAAAGCAGGCACGUCUGUUCUGUCUUCGCAGCUGCAGGAGUUGCCGCAGCUGACCCCUGCCGCUGCAGUGAUGCCUCCAAGCUGCUGCUUGCUCUCGGUGAUGCGCACCUCGUUUUCAAGCGUGGCGCAGUUAUUUCGGCUGCAGCAAGUGCUGAAAGUACGUCUCAUUCAACGCCAGCAUAUGACAGACACCCCUUCAGGAUGCUCUCAUGAAAUGCCUGAUCUGGCAACGGUGACAACGGCAGGAGAAGAUCUCGUUGCUUCCUGCAAACGAUAUUUAAGCCAAGACUUUUUCGCUGCGCUGACAAACAGCCCGCCGACUGCUCCCAGAGAUGCAGUGAGAGCUGCUGCUGCUGCUGCUGCUCUUCCUCCAGUGGGGCUGUCUGUACACCUCACUGCGAAGCAGAAGGCGGUGGCUGUGCGGCAGUUCUUGCUGGUUGCUGCCUUUUCGUCCAGCAUUGCGAGCCAGCUGCAGCAGCGACAGCUGGACAGUGGUGUGCAGCAACAGCAGCAACACCAGCAGCCACAGCAACAGCAGCACGAGGCGCCUCUGCCCCCGCGUGAUGUUUUGUCCCUUCGUGGCUUUGCGGUCGUGCUGCAAGAGAAGGCACAGACGCUACAAAACUUGCUGCUGCACUCACCAGAUGCCAGCCCAGGCAACAAAAACAGCAGCAGCAGCAACGAUGUGUCUGCACUGGUGCUUGGGAUCUUAGAGGAAUGUGGCGCUGCUAUAUGUGCCACUGCACCGCUAAGCCGUUAUCACGUGCAAGAAGCCCGUGAUCUGCUUAUUCAGUUGCUGAUGCUGCUGUCUCCUCUAUGCAGCUGCUACCAGCCAAAGCAGCGUAGCAGACAGGAGGCACACUCCCACGUCUCGAGUUGCAGCAGCAGCAGCAGCAAUACGGCAGAAGGCAGCAAUGACAGCGGCAAUGGCGGCGGUAGCUGCGCAAAUGGCAGGGAAUGCGGCCUGUUGCAGCUGCAGACACACAAGUGGAUAUCUCGAGUGCUGCUGCCACUGGUAUGCUGUCUCUCCACCUCGCAACAGCACUCAGAGGAAGCACUGGCAGUGGUGCUGCAGCUGCUGCUGCUGCUUCUUCAGCACGCACUUGCAAGCUGUCCCUUUAUUGCGUCACAAGAGGCAGCGAGUGAGCGCCGACGGCCUUCUAAGAGAGUGCAAGGAGUCGCGUCUGGUGGAGUGGUAUCCAUGAAGAAGGGCAGCAGCAGCAGCCGUGGCAGCAGUGGCAGUACAGCACUACCCACAGCGUCGGCAGCAGUAACAGCCAUUCAGGCAACUUGUAUUGGGGGAAAUCCCUCCGUGAGUGCUGCGGUGCUAAAGCUCCUUAGCAAGCAGCACCAGCUGCUGGUUGCCCUCUUCCAGUGCCUCUCCACCUGCUUGCGUCUACCCUUGCCUUGCCUGUUUUUACUGCGGCAGCAACAAAGCCAGAUGCUACUGCAGCAGCUGUUGCUGCUCACUCUGCAAUACAUCCUCCCCGCAGCAAUACGCCUUGCGAAGCACGAGGACAGCUCAGCAGCAGGAGUGCCUGCAGACGCCUCGGCGGGAAAAAACAGUGCGUGGUCGCAUGCACUGCUACAAGCAGCGCUGCAAUUCGUGUUAUCUCUGUCACGAGUCUCCAGAGGAGAGCUUGGCGUCCGUGGCAGUGGAAAUGCUCCGGCAGCAGCAAAAGCUGCAACAGUCGGUACGGCGACUGCAGAGGAACUACCGAAUCCGCAUGCCUCGGAGCGAUCAGCAGAAGAAUGCGAGUCACUCUAUCACGCCUUUCAGCGCGUGCUGCGGUACUGUGCUGCGGCUGCAACACGGCUGCUGCAGAAGCAGUGCGAGUAUUCGCUGACGCUUCUGCUAGAAACCUACGCGCUGCAGCAGCUGGGGUUCUGGAUGCCUGCCCCCUGUAGCGGCUUUGCAGCCGUGGCUGCAGCAGACGAUGGCAGCGUGUUAACCGCAGCGGCGCUUGAGGCUGCCUCCGGAGCUACACAGCAGACUGCGGUGAAAGAGGAACUAGGAGAUUUAGCGGCCCCCCUGCAGCAGAAGCUCCAACCGCAGCUGCAGCAUUUGCAGCAGCAGGAGCUCUGGAAGCAGCUUGGUCAAAGGGCUCACCAAAAAGCGACGUGCACGGAGCUGCUUCUGCACUGGGCAGCAGCUCUCCUGUGGGGAGAUGGGGGGUUCUGUCGCAGCAGCAGUAUUUCCUCGUGCAGCGGCCAAAUUCUGGCGAUGCAGGCUGCUCUGCAGCAGCAGCAGCAUCUGAGCAUUAUCACGUAUGGAAAGAGCAGCAAGGAGCUGCAGGCCCCGAUGCAUGCAGGAGCCGCUGCUGCAUGGCGGAGUGCAGAAAAAGUAUGCUGGCAGCUCUUGGGAACGCUGUUGCUGCCUGCUGCAGCGACAGGAGGAGAACUGCCUUCCGUAUUGGGUCUUGACACCAAUAUACUCCCUCCCUGUGGAGCAGAUACACCCGUUUCCAGCAGCAGCAGCACAACUGGCAAAAACUUGAGAAACGGUUGCAAGUCUGAAGCCGCCAGCAUGGCGCCCAUCGCUGCCGUCCCCUCUCUCGAGGUGUCGGACUCCUGGAAGAUUAUUGCGACUUUGCACAUGUUCCUAGGUGUUUCGCUGCCUGCGGGAGCUACUGCAGUUGCGGCUGCAGUUUGCGGCAGCAGCUGCAGCCGCAGGUGUACUGGCAACUUGGCAGCACCCCAAGAUGCAGCAGAUGUCAAAGCGAGCAGCAGCAGCAGCAGCAGCAGCAGCAGCAGCUUCUGCGUCUGUUGUGGCGUGCAGCUCGUCGGUGGGAGCUGCUGUCGCAGGUUACGAAGAGGGGUGGGGCCUCCUCUGUGUCCAUGGAUAUCGGUGUUUCGGCACUCAGAAUCCGUAUCGCAACAGCAGGAGCAGCAGCAGCAGCAGCAGCAGCAGCAGCCCAUCUGCUGUUGUUGUGCUGGGGUUGUCUGGUACGCUCGCCUUCUUGUCAGGACAGCUGCUGCGUAUCCAUCGGCAAUAGGCUGUCUCUCUAGCAGCAGCAGUGCACGUGGUGUCCAUACACCCCUGGGCCCUUAUUGGGUUGGCCACAACUACAGCAGCAGCUCGGCAGCGACGCAGCAAGAGCCCUCCGCAGUGGCUGCCUUGCAUGCACCCCCUUUGUUGUUGCUCCAUCCGUUCCAGGAGUUGUUAGGACUUGCGUGUUACGAGCAGCAGGCGUCGCUGUUGCAGCAGCAACAGCAGCAGCAACAGCCGAGCGCGGUAGCCCAGCAGCAGCAGCAGCAGCAGCAGCAGCAGCAGUUGCAGCAGACGGCGUCUCUGCAAUUCUUCCAGCAGCAGAUGCCGCUGCAGUUGCAAGUGCUCCCCACAGCAGCUUUACCACCCAUCAUUUUGGCAGCGGAAGAAGUCGCACAGCAGCUGCACUUCGUGGUGACUGAGCAGCUGCGACUGCUGCUUCGGCAAGGCCCCCUUUUGCUGGCGCUACUUCGCACACGAGUUGCUGCCAGUGAUCUGUUGCGACUUGCUGCUGCUCUACAACAGCACGACUGGAUAGAACAACAGGCAGUGUACUACUGCGACGACACGGCUGCAGCAGCAGCUCUGUCUCACAAGCAACGUUUGCUUCUCCAGCUGGAGAUGGCGCGUCAAAAGGGAGACUCCUUGCAGCUCCUCGAGUUCUUAGCGCCUCCAACCCCAGUAACCGUCGCCCUGCCCUCGCCUUCCGGAAGCCGUGCCGUCCCUCGCCUCGGGGGUGCAGCUGCAGCAGCAGCAGAAGCUGCUGCUGCUGCUGCGGGAGCAACUGGUGAGUCGGCUGUCGAGACACCCAGCAAGCUUAGGCCAGGACUUGCUGGCAACAUCGCGGCUCAGAGGACUAGGUGCAAGACCACCCGGCGAAGCGUCAGGCCCAGUCAUAGCUAG